AUGGAAAACCGCGUCCGGGCCUUUCAUCAGACGAACUCACUGGUCAAACAAUUCAGCCUGCCUUCCCCUGUCAUCGGCCGUCAUCUUCAGCUGUCCUCGGACACGGGCCUCGACCUGUCAAUGCAGUUUUCAUCGGAUUAUGUUUCGCCCGCAUCCCUCCUCUGCAAUGUUUCGCUUCCUGGUGGACAGUCAAGACCCUCCUUUCUGGGUAACGAUCGCAGCGACCUGCGCUGGGGGAGUUACCCUGGACCCUAUGGACCUCCGGAGGUCCAAUCCAAUCUGGUCUCACCUCCUUCCCAUCACGGCAUUCCUUCGGUGUCCACUCCCUCAUCCUACAAGCUCACAGUAGCCAAGGAUUACGUUGAAUCUCUGCUGCAAAAUGAGAAGUCUCCACUUUUGUAUGGGAAGAAUAACGUAAUGGUGCAGCCGAGUCACUGUUCAAAGAAGAUUCUCGGUUACCUCUCCUUGCACCGCUUAGGAGGUGGUGAAGAGCACGGCCUUCUCCUUAAGUGGAUGCCUAAUAAAGCCAUGUCCUCAGAGCCAGCAGACUGUGACCUCCCCGCUUCCCCCAACACACUCUCUUUUCGUCUGACAGCCUACCAGAAGUCCAAGAAUUCAAACCCUUCUCUUUCCGUUUGCACCCCUGACUCCAACUCUGUUCGUCCCUGGCAGCCUUCUAGUAGUGGAAAAAACGAAAUCUCGCCGGAAUCUUCCAUGGCCUCGGAAACUUCCACGUACUGGGACUUUGCUCUGAAUAUUGAACUGGAUUCUGUUGUCUACAUUCACUGCCAUCAUUUGCGUAAGCAGGGCGCAUUUUUUGUCUUAACUGGCUCGCAAUUGAAGUUGGUUGCCUUUUAA